CAUUGGCAAACUUCCGGUCAAUAAUUUUCCAUCCAACCAAGGAACCGUGCGUGGGAUGGCGUGAAAGAAAUCAAGAAUUAGAUUGGAAUGUAUUAAAUUAUACAAGAUGGCAGAACCAAGUACAUCAUCUGUUGAUACAGGAAAUGAAGCCUUUGAUUAUGACAGUUUUGAUGAACAAAAUCACGAAAAACCAGCAGAAAGAUGGGCACCACUUGGUGCUGCCUCCAGCCCCAUUCCUUCCCCCCACGCAGAAGCAAGCCAUCAUGAUGAGGAUGAAAAGCUACGAAAACUAGAAGAUGAACAGGAACAGUUAAAUUCAUCAUUAUUAGCUCUUACAACACAUUUUGCACAAGUUCAGUUUCGAUUAAAACAGAUAGUCAGUGCUCCUGCAGAAGAUAAAGAGAAUUUACUGAAAGAAUUGGAGCAGUUUGCAUUUCGUGGUAUUCCGGAUGUUAGAGGAUGUCAUAUUGAAGAUGCACAAUUAUUGGAGGAAAUGAGCGAGAAAGAGCAUGAGGUCAAAAUAUCCCAACAGCGUGAAAAACAAAAAGAACUGAUACAACAGUUAAAGUCACAGCUUGAAGACCUAGAAACGUAUGCUUAUGAGACAGGAAAUGCUGAAUUACCGACCACUAAAGUUAUAGAAAAACAGAAAAUUGUUAUCGAUGAACUGAAACAGAAAAUUGAUCUCGAUCUUCAUAAUUUUGACUUUCUUUCACCCGAUGAUCUCAAACAAGUAGUUGAUCAUGCUAUUGGACAGAUCGUGAAUCCUGCUAAAGUAAAAGAGAAACUAGUGGAUCAACUACAAACACAGAUAACAGAUCUUGAAAGAUUUAUUCAAUUCUUACAAGGUGAAGCUAGUAGUCCAGGACCAUUAGGUAAAAAGAGAUGUACAUGUCUAGUUCACAGUCAGAAUUCAUCAGAAAUAUCUGACUGUCCACCUGAUUGUUGUAUUCCAAAUAAACACACAUCACAUGAUCACAAGAAAAAAGAACAAGAGCAUUUAAAGCAUUCAACUACAACUAUAAUGAAGAAAGUAUUAACAGUGCUACAGAUCUAUGUUAUUAGUCAGUUAGGCUGUGGAAGUCGAGAAUUUAAACGAAAUUUGAUGAAGAAGACGCCAAAAGGAAAUCAUUGGGGGGAUUUGAGAGCUAAAUUAGAAGUAGCUAUAAAUAAAACAUUAGAGACAGUGAAAGCACAGGCUGAACGUACAUUAGAUAGUGAUGAAUUCUCAGAUGAUUCUACAGAGUCUGAUGAUCAGAGUAAUGCUGCUGUAGUACAGUGUAUUAGAAGAGAUUUAGCUAUAGCUAUAAAAGAUUUAAUGGAACAUGGCUUAAUGGAGGUGGGACAAAGUAGAAGUGUGGUUCCGUUUGGAUGUUUUCCAUCACGAUCAGCAGCUGUAACCAGAUCCUUACACGCCUGGGAUCUUUUAUUAAAAUAUUAUGAAAUGAAGCAUGGUAGAGAAUAUAAUGAUUCACCAGCCAGAAAGUUAUCGCAGUCAUUUCAUCUAGAUAUAGUUGGUGGUAAACCUAUAACAGCUAAACAGACUUUACUAGGAGCCAUAGAUACCAUCGUAACUUCACAUACUCCAUUAAAACGUAGUGAAGAUUCACAUUUUAAAGCCUUUAUUUGUAUGGCUCUCAAUGAGAGAAAAUUGGUAACUUGGUUACGUCUGCUCUUCCGUACACAAACAUUGAUAGACCUGUACUAUCAAGACUGGAGUUAUGUUGCUAGAACAGGUUUUGAUGAUGCGUUAAAAGCACUGGAUCGUUUGAAUACAGUAGAGUUUAUUCUACCUGUUGAUAUUGCUGUCAGACCAUUCAGUAAGAUCAGAGAUGCUUUCUAAAUACUGUCACAACAACGUGAACUUGGAGGACAAAAAUCUUUAUAAAAGACAAUUUAACAAUCUACUGGAAUUUAUACAUGUUAUAACUACAUUGAUCAAAUAUUUUAAUUUAAUUUUGAUUUAAAUAAGAAAUGAUUUUCUGUUCAAUCAUAAUCACAGGGCGUUUAUUUCACUCAUCUUUGACUGACUGACAGUGAAAUUGACUGACUGGAGAAAUUACUUUUUACAUGCCAUGAAUUUGACCUUAAAAUGCAAUAAAUUAAGUUAAAUGUAUAUUUUUAUGUGCAAAAACUCUUUGAAAUAUAUAAAGAAUUUGGGAUAAAAAUUCUCACAUUGCUUGGAAGAAAUAUCUUUGUAAUCUGAUGUAAACAUAGUACGUACAAACAGCAGACAAAAGUUUUAUGUGAAAGCCCUGCUUCAUCACCAAUCAUUCCUUGAAAUCAAAAUAAGUAUGGAUAUUAAAUUUAUACAUGUAAUAUAUAAAUACCAUUUCUUGCAUUGAUUCAUAAAAAUAGCAAAUUGGUGUUCAGUCUUGCUUGAAUUUGAAUGAAUAUUUCUUUGUGUUUAUUUUUAUUGAAGAGCUAUUCUAUUCAUAUAUUCAUGUAUAUAGAUGAAUUCUGACAGAUCAGAUAUAUUACAAAAGGUGUGGGUUGUGCCAAGGAUGUGAUCUCUAUUGUUAAAUUAGCCAUGACAUAUUUUAGAUUUUGUGAAUAUUUAAGCUUAUGGUUAUGGCUUGUGCUGACAUUUAUUAAAAAGGUAUUCAUUCCAUCUGAUGAAAUCAGAUUAAUUUGAAAUCAUAUCUACUCUAUAAUUUGUUUCAAAUAAAGCCAAUAAAAACAAAUACCUAUGUUUAUGGUUCCCCCUGUAAGUUAUUGGGCCUGGGAAAUGAGAAAAGAGUUCAGGAUUGUUGUUUUUGGAUAAAAUAAAUAGGGUCUGUCAGGUAACCAUAAACCCAAGUAUUUUUUCUAUUUUGGCCUAACAAUGUAAAUUGUCUAUCAAGGUAUUUAUUUAUGUCAUUAGAAACUGUUCUAAAAAUCAAAACUCUGGCUGUGGAUACAUGCAGCAAAGGUUUGAAUCUUCAUCAAUUAUCUUACGCUCGUACAUCACCUGAGUUGAUACCUGUUAUUUAUUUCUUGCUAGUUUGUCUUGUCCGUGCUGUUCUCCUGCACUUAAUAAUCUCAUUCAAACACCAAACUAUAUACCUGUAUUUAAAUCCUAAAAGAACAAAUUGUAGAAUGAUUGGUCAUAUAUGUAACUAUUAUUAUUGAAUAUGACCAUUAAAUUUGAUUUGUAGGUCACAGAAUCACAUUAUAUCUUUGGUCUCAUUACAUUUAAAUCUAGAAUCACAUUCCUAUUUUAAGUCUCAUUAUAUUUAAGGUAACAAGUAGUUAUUUGUGUUGUGUAUAUAGUUUAUGUUUGUUAUUGCUUAUGGUAUAUCUUUGUUUUAUUUGCUGAUUGAAAUCCCAGUUACCUGUUAUCAAUAUAUGUUUGUUUUAAGACACACAUACUGGAUACCUUGAUAGUUAGAAUUAGAAGCAUGUGAAUGAUUUAUAUAAAGGCCUAAGGAGAAGAGGUACUUCACUUCAAGGCUCAUAAAUAUCUAUUUAAUUUUUAUUUUACAUCUGCAUGGCCGGUAUUCAUGCCACAUAACCCCAGAUCACUGAUGCCCGACUCUGGCCAUGCAGGGGUGAAGUUAGGUAUCCAAUUUUUUUGCUUAGUCCACGAACAAGUGUGGGAGGGAGGCCCAAAAUUUGUUCUGCUCCUGCAUAUAACAAUCCUCUCGGCGACUCUGUUUAUACCAGUAUAUUGUUUCCAUUUUUGGGAGCAACAGUGCCUCGAUGAAUAAGACAUUAGCUCGCUAACCUGGAAUCAUGUGUUCAAUCUCUGCGUUGGCCGAGAAAGUUCAUCAGGAUUUUCAGACGUGGUUCCUCCUUGUCAGCGGUGCAGGAACGAGGGUCGGGCAAGAACAAUGUGUAGUUCGGAUUGGACAGACAACCGAAGUCCACUGUGUACAUAUUGGCAUGAACGAAAAAGAUCCCUUGGAAUUUGAUGUAAGAGUAGGCCGUAGUGCCUCUGAUGACAAAAUUUCCCUCAUAACACAAUGUAUGGCGUGUGCCUAUCUUCAUUAGCCAAGUCAGACAUUAAACGCCAUUUCAUUUGUUUCCCAUUUUCAAUGAAAACCUGAAAGCCAACCUUGUCUGUUAUAUUAUUUAUAUAUUGUUGUCCCUCUAACCCAAGGUUUCUCUCAAUCUCUAACAGUAUUUGUUAUUUUAUUGUUGUUUUUAGUGCAAUAUUUCUUUCUGUGAUUGUCUCCUAUCGUUAAUAUAUUAACUUCCUAUUAUGAUGUUAUUUUAUUAAUCUUAUAUGUUAUUAUUAAUUAAUGAAAAUCCAACAGUAUUCUGUUAUUACAUUAUAUUAUGCUUUUCUUUUAUUUAUGAAUGAUUAUAAACCUUAAUAUUCACAACAAUUACAUUGAAAUUCACAGGCAGGAUAUAGUGUGUAUUUUAAGUUGUGUAAUAUAUUGAAACAACAAUCAGACUAAAAUCCUCGGGCAGUAUCAAUAUAUCUUGCUCUUAACCAUUAAACCACACAUAUUUAACCCAUGGUACAAUGUAUACAAAAUAAAGACCAAGACAAAAGAGAAAUAGCUAAAAAAAAUGUGUGUAUUUGAGAAGUGUAAAUCUAUUAGAGUAAGGAAAUAAGCUAUUAAUGUCUUUACCAUUUUUGGUUUAUUAUCCUUGAAAGGCAUUUAUUUAAUUAUAUGAUUCAUAAGAAUUGUUAUUAUACAUUCAAUUUGUUAACAUUCCUUGUUUUUAUUCUAUAUUACGCUAUGGUUGUGGACCUGUAACUUUUUGUCAAUUAUUGUGAUAUGAUUUAUGACGAGAAUAUGAUAAAUCUAGUGAGACGCUAUUGUAAAACUUUUUUUAAAAGAUGCAUUAUGUAAGCACUAAAUCUGCCUACUGCAGAUCUUUUUUCUGGCUUCAGAUGUUAUUUGAAUUAUUAUUUAGACAUUUAUUUACAUGACAUGCCCUUAACCAACUCCCUUCCCAUUUAUUAAUUUAACGAUAAAUGGAUAAUUGAGACUUUGUUUAAUAUAAUAGCAAUGAUACUUGACAAUGGAGACUAUCUUGUCAAAACUUCAAACAAUAAUAACUUUGCUCAAAAUAAAUUAAUUUGACUGACAUUCUCCAUGUAUUAAUUUUUCAUUAUCUAUUUUUUAACUAUUAUAGCCAGAACAGCCAACUCUUUAUCUAAAUCUUACAUAAUGCAUCUUUAAGGAUCUUGCAGUAUAGUAUAAAAUAUAAAACAGAUUUUACUUAUGUAGUUGAUAUACGAAAAAAACUUCUAUUAUUAUACUAAGAAGUGGCAACUACCUGAAAAAUUAAACAACUUUUGAACUGAAUCAAGUUAGUAUUAAUUUGGAAAACGAGAUAUUUUGUUUAUGAUCAUAUUAAUAAAUAUAUUAUUAAUAUUAAUGAUUUUAUUUAAUAAAAGAAACAACACAAGUUAAUGAAUAUAUAAGAGAUAGAAUAUUUGAAACAUUCCAGUACUAAUAUGGCCAAUUGGUUAUGUUUUGUGCAAUAAUACGAAUCAUAAGCCUGGUGUAUAAUAUUUGAUAGAUGUACAUAAUGGUAGUAAUUAAUGUAAGCGUAUUGAAGGAAAGCGAUCUUUGUUUUGUGUUUCCUUCAUCAUAAAUUCUGGUUUCUUCCAUCUUGACUAUUGGUACUUAACAUCUUUCAGCUAAAAUGUUUGAUUUUUUCGUCUGUAAUUUAUGAACUUUUGGCUAAGAUUUGAACUUUCAGCUGAAAUAUUUGAUAUUCAUGAACUUUCUUCUGAAAUGCUUGAUUGUUUUCAGCUGUGUUUUGUGAUCUUAUUCUUGCUCUUUUCAUGUGAAUCUUCACUUUCAGUGUAGUAGAUUGAUCAUUCAGCUGAAAUCCUUGAUCAUACUCAACUUAUUUUGGUUUUACAGCAAAUACACAAAAUUGGCUGGUAUUUUUCUGAAAUUUGAGAGAUAACCCUUUUCACAAUUAAAAUAAAAAUAAUCAUUUUCUGUUUAAACAGGUUUAAAAUGAAAUAAUCAAUGUGUAUUAUUAACCACUUUGUUAUUAUUUUUGUUAAAGUUAUUUUUUGUUUAAUGUAAUGGCUGCAUAAAUUUUCUCUACCUCCUAACAUUUGAUUAAUCCACUCUGUGUUCUCUGGUAUAAAAUUCUUAUUUCUGUUAUUUAUUAUUUUUAAUCCUACUGCAGGAAAUAACUGAUAUAUUAUUUACAAAUAUUCAUAUAUUAUCAUCUUAAUUAAUUAGUUUAUUAAGAAACCUGAAACUUUGAAAAGCACAAAAUCGUUAUCAUAAUACUAAAGAAUUCAGUCCCCCAAAUUGUUACUUUUUUUAUAGAUGCUAUUAACACAAUCAUUUUAACCAUUUAUAUUUUUGUUGAUAUACAUGUAAUUAUAGGUGUUCCAUUUACAAAUUGAAUUGCAUGUUCUAAUUAUUGAUAGUUAUUGUCUAAUUGUGUAAUAUUUUAACAGAUAGUGUUCUAUAUCCAUGGCAACAAUAAAAUGUAAGGUAACAUUCA